AAGGCUAUGAGAAGCUUAAAGCUAAAGUUGCUGAUAAUGAAGUAUAUAUAACUGAAAUAUUGGAAAAGAAGACAGAAGUAGAGGGGAAGAAACAGAUUAUUACUGAAGAUUAUGAGAAACUUAAAAGCAAAGUAGCUGAUAUGGAAGAUCAAUAUCUCAAGGAAAAACAGAUCAUUAUUGGUGCAUCUAAAGCUAGUAGUGAAUCAAUUGAAGAUGAAGUGAAACAAAAACAAUAUAAGGACAAAUCUUUAUUUCAAAAUGAUGUACUGUAUACUGGAAUGAUGUAUCAUGAAGAGAAGAAAAUUGGUUACUGGAGGGCAAUAUAUUCAGUAGUUAGAGAUUUGGAAGUACUUAAACAAUACAUUAGUACAAAUCAUCCUAAUGCUGAACUUGGUAAUGAUGUUGACUUUUUCAAAUUUGCUGAGCCAAAUGGGAAACUUUUGUUGCUUUUAGAAACUACUCAACUACAGUUAGGAUGGACUGUUGAUCCUGACAGAGAACCAAUGGAGUUAUUUCAGUCUACAAUUGAUCAUUUUCCAUUAAACCCAUUGUACUCAAGCUGCAGUAUGUCAGUGUAUGCUGAAAUUGGUGUUGCUAAAAAGCCACUCCAUUGUCCUAUUAAAUUAACUGGAAUAGAUCCUUCAAAAAUUGUCUAUAUCAAUAAAUCACCUCCUGCUCUUCCUCCAUCAAUGAGUACUACUACCUCCUCCUCCUCCUCCACUAAUUUAGUACAUGAAUCAAUUUCAGUAUCAUCUACUGGAGGAGGUAUAAAUAGUACAU